CUACUCGUCUUUCCCGCCCUCAGCCCCCACAUCCCCACCCCCACGCCGGCGUUGGCCCAGGGGUAUCCUCGCGGGUGGGUGAGGUCGGGGCUGGGCGAGCAGUAAGAUGGCGCCUCGGUCGGUGUGAACCCAGCUUGCCCGCCCCGGCUUCGUGAGACCUUUCUCUUGAACCUGCUAGCUUGUAUAGUGCAUCACAGGUAAAAUACAAGGAAGGUGGGAGUCAGUCAUUUUGACACCUCCUGAAAGGAAGGAACAUCCAGCAGGAGCUGAAACCUAGAGCUGAAACCUACUUCCAAUUGGUCUCGUGGCAGAGGCAGAGAGAUUGCUUCAACAGUUCCACUCAAUAUGACCUGCUCUCUAGACUCCUCUGUUGGUUUUGAUGCCUCCGGGCCUGAGCAGACUAAAAUCACAGCUCUCCUACCUAAAGACAGUGAUCCAGUCUCAUCCUGGGGUAGAUUUGGACAGGAUGAUGAUGGACUAGAUGACUCCUUACUGGAGCUUUCUGAGGGAGAGGAGGAUGAUGGUCACUUCAGUUACACAGAAGAAGAGAUUCAGGAGCUGUUGAAGGAUGAUGACUCACUAAAUGAACAGUCUCUGGGAGGAUUAAGAAAAGAUACAGGUGGUCAAGCUGAGAAGUUGGAGAACUAUAGUUGUAUUUCAUUUGACUCUCCUCAAGAUAUAAAUGUACUCUGCAGCACAGGACCCAGGGCUGGGCCAGCUAGCAUCCAUAAUCUACCUCAGAAAAAUAUACCAGCUAGGCAUGCACCCAUUCCAACCAAAUCACCUAGCAGACACUUUGUAUCAGAAAAAAAUCUCUUGAAAAUAACUCUUGUCCCACCAUUUAAUACAACAGUUUGUGAUGCAUUUGGUCCAAAAGAGACUGAGUCUUCUUCAAAAGAUGGUUCCAGUAAUGCAAACUGUUUGGGAACUCCCUCCUCCUUGGAGAAAGAUGUGAAUAGAGAAGGUCAUGGCCAGAAUGAUGGCAAACUUUGCACUAAAGAAAUUAGCUCUGCUUGUUCUGUUUGGAAAGGGACUCCACCUCCUAAAGCUGGCCCUCCACAGGGGCCUCCUAGAGCAAAUACACCUAUUUGUGAGGAGUCCGUACCUGUAGCUUCUCCGACCUUGGGACCGACUCCUAGACCAGAUGUGGCACUGUCUUCAGGCAAUGAUGGACACAAAUUAGGUGACACAGCUAGGUCUCCAGCUGUACAGUCUUCAUCUACCAAACCGGUCAAACUAGACAAGGAUUCUAAAAAGAAGGAAGGGUAUGAGAGAAGAUUAGGGAAAGUCAUUCCACUUCAACUGGCCAAAGCAAGGAGUAAGAUUCAGACAUUCUCGAAGACUGAGCUGGAACAGAAGAAGCAAAUUUAUCUUAAGAAUGUCAUUGCUCACUUAAAAAACCCUCUGGAAUCUAACCAAGACCACACAUAAGAAUCUCGCCAGAAUCCAAAGUCCUAAUUAGGAAGUCGAAGACACUGAAGAAUCCACUGAGAACCUUCAGUGAACCUGAGGCUAAGACUGCUAUAAGAAUAUCACCAGAACUCAUGCUGAAGGGAGUGUCCCACCAAAGCACCAACAAGCAGAGAACCAAGGAAGGAAUCACUCCACUCACCACUGCAAGCCAACACAGGAUCCAGGGGAAAUCUCCCCCAGUCCCGCUUACCAACACAGAGAGCAUGAAUCCUCAAGCUGGCCUUUUUAAAGCAGUUUUCUUGAUAUCACUUCCUGUCACUCCCCCACUUUAGGGGAACCAAUUGCAGUCUUUUAAUUUACCUAGAACUGCCCAACGGGCUGGGGAGUGGCCUCUGGAGUUGUUACCCACUCUAGCAAGUGACUUGUGAACUCUCAUACUUAGUGACUGCUAAGGUACUAAGUAGGGGUACUUAAGUUUUUGAUUGAUUAAACUUAAAAGUUGCUGAUUGAUAGUCAGAGAGUUUGAUUUACUCUUCACACUUUCCAAUUAAUCUUUCAGUUUUUAUCUUUAAAAUCUCAUUCCCUUAACAUCACUAAUAACUUUCCUAAUGCACAGUUCUGAUCACUUUACUCUCCUACUUAAAAACCAUAAGGACCUGCCCAGGGGCUACCAGAAGAAGACCUGACUCUGUACCUUGACCUUCAGGGAUCUCCAUAACCUACUUUUCAAGCUUUAUCUCAUAUUGCUCUCUUCUGAAAGAUAAAUAGGAUUCUUCUCUUAUCUUGAUCUCAUCCUGCCCUUUGCUUACAUUGUCCUCUAUAUUUGGCAUGCAGUGUUUCCCAUUACCCUUCACAGUUCUUUGCCAGUUUUAAUUUGGGGUGGGAGAGGGCAACUUGGUUAUGGGCUCAUCCAUGAAGCUUUCUCACAACUCCUGGCCAUAAGGAAAUCACUCAACAUACCACCCCCACUGCCACCCCUGCUCCCAAUCUCCUAUGGCACUUUGAUCCUCUCCUUUUCACUUUUCUUACGCAGAUUUUUAUUACUACUUUUUCAUCUUGAUUACUACAUUAUAAAGUCUUUGAGGGCAGGGACUAUAUCUAAUUUUAUCAUUAUAUCCUUGUGGCCUACCUCCAUUCUUGGCAUGUAGGUGUUUAGUACAUAUCUGAAUUGUUUUUGAGGUAGAAUAAAGGGAAUCCAGAAGUUAUUUGGCCAUUCUCAAGCCUAGUGUGAAAGUUUCCAUUACAAUAAAUCAAAUCUGUAUAAAAUUACAGAAUUUCAGGGCAGAAAAAGUCCUCAGGUGUUAUCUAGUCUUACCUGUACUGGAAUAAGAAUCUCCCUAGACAUCUUUGAUAAGUGGUAGGGGGGAAUAUCCUUACCUCCUGAGAGAACUCAUUCCACUUAUAGAGGGUUCUAACUGUUAGAAAGAAGCCUAAAUCAGCUUUUCUGUCACCUUUCCACAGCUAGUUGUGCCCCCUGGGGCCAAGCAAAACAAACCCAAUUCCUCUCCAAAAUGAUAGCUCUUCUGAUGCUUGAAGAGAGUUGUCAAAGCCAUCCCAGAGCUUUCCCUUUCUCCAUGCUAAAUUCAAAUAGCAACAAAAAGCAUUUAUUAAGGGCCUUGUCUGUUCUAGGCAUUGAGGUUUUCAAGACAAAAAUGUCUCUUCCCUCAAGGUGCAUACAUUCUGCUGGAACUAAAAGAUACAAAAUAAUACAAGGUCAUUUGAGGAAGGAAGAAACACUUAAUACCUUAGGGUAGAGUGGAAGAGGAAUCAAGUCAGGCUUCAGACACCAAGCACUGAGAUGGCUUUGUAUGUCCUGUGUAUUCAUUCGUGCAUAGAUAAGUUGGGACUGUUUACUUUUAAGGCUUGUUUUUGCCUUUGUAUCCCCCAAUGCCAAUCAUGUAGGAAGCAUUUGAACGCUUGAAUUUUGUUAAAUUCUUGGAGGUGAUGACAUCUGAACUAAGUAAUAAAGACCAAGGAUUCAGAAAGGCAAAGAUAAAGGAGGCGGGUAUUUCUAUCAUGCAACCUUGUACAAAGGUAUGGAGGCUAGAGAUGAUGUGUUGAGUUUAGAGCAGAAUUUAGACUAGUUGGACUGGGAGAAAGAAUCUGUGAAAGGGAAUGAUAGAAAAUCAAAGUGGAAGGUAGUUAAAUUGUGGAGGACCUUAAAUGACAGUCUAUGGUGAACCUUUUAAACACAUUGCCAUGCCCUGACCACCCCCCCCCCCCCACUGGGUGCCAUGCGAAUCCCUCUGCCUUUCUAGUAACUAACUCUAGUUAGUGGGUGACUACAUGGUGCACGUGUCUACAGAGAAGUCUUAGUGUGCCAUCGGUUCACCAUCACAGGUCUAUGCCAUUUAUAUUUUAGGCAUUGGGAAACCUUUGUGAUACUAUGAACCACUGAAGCCUUCUGAGUAGUGAGUCAACAUGUUAGAUGUGUUCCUUAGUAAAAUUAUUUUGGUAGCUUUGCAGAAGGUGAAUUAGCAGUGUAAUAGUCCAAAUGAAAGGUAAUAAAAACCUGAAUGAGAGGAGCAGCCAUAUGAGCAAAGAGAGGGAGACAGUGUAAAGAUUAAAAUUUAGGGGAGACGGGGAGACUGAGGCAUCUGAGGCAGGUAGAAAUUAGUUUCUCUCUGCAAGGAGUAUUAUAUUUUUUAGAGGUUUAUUAAAGGCUAAAGAUUAAAGAAUAUACAAGUAAGAAACAUGUGCCUAGGCCAGAGGCCUAGACAAAAUAACCUCACAUCACGCAAGAGACCGCCUGCUCCAAAACAGAAGUCCAAAAAGAGCCAAGACCCCUCAAAAGCCUUUGAAUCAGCUUAGAUACCUUCUCGAUCUCGGCCCAGGUGAGAUUACAAGGCAUUCUGGGGAAGUGGAGCAAAGGCUCGUGGGGAUUGUAGUCCUGUAUUCGAGUCUAUUUUUUACAAUGGAUGCAAAAGAUUUGUGGAGGCAGACUCAAAACAUGAUAACUGAGAUUGAAUGUAGGGUGAUAGAUGCACCUUUGCCUCUAAAAUUCCCUGACUUCCUUCAAAUGUUAGUCUAUGUAACAAACCUUUUCUUAUUCCCCUAGUUGUGGGUGCUUUCUUUCUCAAAUUUUGUAUAUGCUUACUAUUUACAUAUUUUAUUCAUUCUCCAAUAAAGUAUAAGCUCCCCAGAAGACAGAGAAUGGUUUUUGUGUUUGUUUUCCUUUAUCUCUAACUCCAUUGCCUAGCAUUGUACCACUCAUAUAGUAGACCUUAAUAAAGUAUUUCUGCAUUGGAUUAGUAUUCAUAAGGGAGAAAGGACUAAAUGCAGGUUAGGUUGGUAGGAAGAGUGAAUUUGUUAGUCAUGGGACUGAGAAAUCAAGGAUGCCAUCUUCCAGGAUCUUGUGAUGGAUGGCAUCAGUUUCCAGGGUUUGUUUUCUGAAUAUAGAAUAAUGGGAGGGGCAGAAUUUAUAGAGAGGACAUACCAUGGAAUGGACUGCCUCAGGAGGUGAUAGGCUGUUUUUCAUUAGAUGUUUUCAGACUGGUGUUGGAUGACCACUUGCUGGGUGUCAGAGUGGGGAUUCCUUUCAUUUAGGGUUUGGACUAGAUUAGACUGCUCAAGACCCCUCAAGACUGUCAGAUUUUUGCAAAUCACUUAAUCAUUCAGUGAACUACUGUAUGCUAAGUACUGUGCUAAGUGUGAAGGAUAUAAAUGAGUAAAAAAGAAAGUUUCUGUCCUCAGUGAGCUUAUAGUCUAAUGGGGAAAGACAAUAUACAAAAGGAAGCUGAAAAGGAGAGGAGGAGAAGGUACCAGAGUUGGGGCCUGGUGGAGAAGUCAGUCAGAAAUAUCCCAAAAGUAGAGUAGCCAGGAGAAAUUUUGUUGUUUGAGCUGAGCUUCCCUUAAAUCAAAGUUUGGAAUUUUUGGCCUUACCCUCUAAUCAGAGAGACAGAUGAUUGAUGAGGUAGAGUGUCAAGAAUGAUAAGAUCUUAAAGGCUGAUGAAGACAUCCCAAUUCUGAGCUUCUUGCGGCCCUGGAAGAGAAAUCAGUUAAAGAAGUCCUAUGAUCCUUUGAUAGGUAGGGAAAUAGUUCCGUUACCAAUGAUAAUGGGUAAAUUAGAAAAGCAUUGUUGUGGUGAGUGAAUUAGUUCAGUUUUUGCCACAGUCAACACUUGAUCUUGUAUAAGCAUUUAAAACCCCACAAUGUGGGUUGUGUCUGUUUCUCUCAUUAUUUGAGGGUUAUCUAUCUCCUGCAAAGGCCUGGGUCUUUAUAGAAUUUUCAGGUAGAGUCAGCUAGAGAAUGGUCAGAUAUAGUCAUACUAGAUAGAGGACAAUUUUUUUGAUUUGUAGAUUAUAUUGUUUAACUGUAAAUUUACCACUCCAGCUACCAAACUUCAUCCCACUUAAAAAAACAAAACAAAACCAAAACCCUUACUUGCUGUCUUGUCAUUUCUAAGACAGAAGAGUGGCAGUGGCUAGGCUCUUGGGAUUAAGUGGCUUGCCCAGGCUUUACACAGCUUGACCUGAACUCAGGUCUUCCUUCUGGGCCUGGUACUCUCUCGUGUUCUUUAGCAGAUAAGGUCAAAAAGAUGUUAGGAUCUGACCCAGCUAAAAAGAGCCAUGAAUAAAUGUUGGGAUCUGACCAAGGGAGAAAGAAGCCACAAAUAAUUUUCACAGAGAUGCUUCUGUGUUCUGCUGAAGGCCAUAGCAAAGCUGAUUAUGCAAGCAGCACGUGUAAUAUCUGGGAAUGAACUUUGGCCCUUGGUAUUGUUUGGGUUUGUAGAGGAGCCCUAGAAAUGUUUUGGGUAAUGUUUUUACAUAAAUAAUAUUCUAUGGGAAAGAAAUGCCUCUUAAAUAUGAUGUAAUACUUAGCACUUCUCUCUCUAUAAAAAUCUUUCAUAUCUAUAAUAAAUGAAGUUUGUACAAAACCCCCAUCUGGCCUUUACUUUUUCUCUCAGUGUGGAACCCUGGCAUCAACACCUACUUGUCCCUUCUUCUCACUUUUAAUAUGAAGGAAAGGUUUUAGAGAGUCCCAAGUUAGGUAGAAUAUGCUAAAUGAACCCCUCUAGCUACUGGAUGGUUCAAGUAUCUUAGAAUCCAGGGUCUUAAGUCUGACAUUCUUUCUUCCUUAUCUAUUUUUAAAUGAAUAAACUUCAUCAUGAGAGGUUUUCAGUGGAGUCUUUACUCUCUGCUGUUGGGGUAAUAAGGCUGAAGAACCAGGUGGUGAGAGAUGAGUGGGCUAAGGGACAUGCACUGCAGAAACAAUCUUGGAGCUGUUAAUGGUUCCAUUUUGAGACCUGGACACCAGGAUGUGUGUACUUUGCCAAACCUCCCUUGGUGAAGUUUUGGCAGGAUUACUGCAAUGUGAAACCUUUGAAGAGCUGAUAUUUUACUGAAAGGGCUAUUUCUGCACAAUUGGGAAGGCACAGUUUGUAACCACAUGCUAUAGAACCUGGACUUUAAAACAGAUUCAUUACAGAAUCUUAAUUGGAAUGGACUUCAGAGUUCAUCUAGUUCAACAUGUACUUGAGCAAAAGCCCUCCCUUCAACAUACCCAACAAAUCAUUCACCUUGUUCUGAGACCUCCAGUGAGGAAAUGUACAUAAACAAUCCAAGGCAGACUUUUAGUAGCUCUAAUUUUUAGAAAGUUUCCCCCUAUAUUUGAUCUAAAUUUGCCUCUUUUCAACUUCUUUCAACUUGCUCCUAGUUCUACCUCCUGGGACCACACAGAACAAAACCAAUCUCUCUUUCAUGAGGCAAUCUUUUAAAAUAUGAAGGUGGUUCAUGUGUCUUUUCUUUAGGCUAAUCAUCCCCACUUCUUUCAACCAACCUUUACUCAUUGAGUCCCUUAAUUAUCCUGAUUGUCCUCUGCUUUACACUCUCUGUGACUGGCCUUCCCAAAUGUUGACCUGAACUGAAUACAACAUUCCAGAUAUGUCUUAGCUUAGAAGACUGAACUGUCACCUCUUUAGUUCCCUGAAUGAGACCCAAGAUAGUAUUGACUUUCUUGAUGGCUUUGACAUGCCAUAGAUUCAUAUUGAGCUUGUGUACUAACUGACUCUUUCAUUUAAGUUUUUUUUUCACCCUGAAGAGUGAAAAGUGGUGUGUUUGAAAGAAUUCUUAGACAUUCUCAUAGGCUUCAAAUGUAUAUGUAUAUGUAUAUGUAUGUAUAUGGUAAUGCUGUGAACUAAAUUUAAAACGCUUCUUUUAUUGGGUUGUCAUUCUAAUAAUAUAUAGUUCUGGGAAACCUUCACUGCCUAUCACUGAGGACUCCCUCCUCUUGGCCUAUAGUUUUCUUGGUUGCCUGUGUCCACUGCAAGUCUUGUGAUAAAUCCUUGUAAGUUGACUGCUCUUGAAUGCAAUACCUGGUUCCUAUGUACUUGCCUUCUGGAUACCAACACUGAUGAUGUGCUUAGACUCCAGCCUAAAUAAGGGCCCUUGAAUACUGAUUUUUGUGUA